AUGGUAGUACAGAGUAUAGAGGCCAUGGAUCGAACUCGACAAGUUCGUUGCUCUUUUGAAUUUUUCCUUUGUAUUAAAUUAGUCGUUCACAGUUUUUUGUCUCUACUGGAGCUUGAACAAACCGAGGAUGAGGCAGUUCUGAGGGAACGGCUGUCUACUUGGUCGUCGUUUCGAUUACAAGAAGAAGGGUAUACUAUAACGGGUCUUUCUGCUUUUUGGAUGGGCGCACCAAAGUUUGGACGUCCUGUAGCUUCAUUUUCUCUUGGUCCUGGCAUAGACUUGCCAGAACAUAGGUUUGAGAACGGUACCCAAGUUCUUGUUUCAAGGUUCGAUCCCCUCCAAGAGCCACCACUCCGAGGAAGUGUCAUUAGCAAGACUGCAUCGCAACUGCGCAUAGCAUUUGAGGAGAAGUUCGAGGUUGAGGACGGCUGCUGGCGCUUGGACGUUGGGCGGUCCAACAUCGUGUUUAUUCGUAUGCGAGAAGCCAUUUCUCGAUUCAGUCAAGACCCGGAAGCACUAGAAGACUCAACCAAUUUGAUUUCACCUCCAAACAAUCAAUUUGUUCUUCAUGGGACACAUUUGCGAGACGUCCUGUUACCUUCAUUUUCACCGGAUAGACCAUCACUACAUGUACCGUUGCAACAUCCAGAUGAGACUAGGUACGUGCCUCGAGGGAGACUUGAGCAUGACAGUCGCGAGGUGCGAGAGCACGGAGGCGCGUUCAAAGAAGACAUGCAUAUUCAAAGCUGGGCAAGGCGAUAUUCACGGAUCAAUCCAAUUGUAAUUGAUGGUGAUCCGGUCCUCGAGGGCCUGAAUGCCACGCAGAUUAGAGCUAUCGCCAUGAUGAUCGGCGAACGGAUCAGUCUCGUGCAAGGACCGCCUGGUACAGGCAAAACGAAAACCAUCAUUGAAGCAGUGAAAUUACUCAAGGUCCAUUUCGAAGUGCAUCACCCUGUUCUUGUCUGCACUUAUACCAAUGUUGCGGUCGAUAAUCUCGUGGAGGGUUUUGCAGCAGCUGGCGUGAAACCCCUUCGUGUCGGGUUCGGUGCUAAAAUCAAAUCGUCUCUACACGAAUAUACCUUAGAUGCGAAGCUGGAGGCGCAUCCUCUCAGGGUUAAAGUCGAGCAACUUCUGAAAGACCAGGAAAAUGUCGAAAGAAAGCUAGGCGCGCUGGAGGACAAGAUCGUUGCGGCUGAAAAAUCGAGCAGUGAAAAACUCGGUAGGAUGCGGACUGCUUUUGCCGUGUUGGAAAGGCAACUUUUGGCGCUGAGAGCGAAAUUGUAUGCGCUUCAUCAGGAAAUGCUCAACGAUAUCACGGCUGCGGCUGACGUAAUUUGCACAACGUGCAUCACAUCCGCCAGUGCUGCGCUCAAUAUUCUCGACUUUCCAGUCGUGUUCCUGGACGAGGCUUCCAUGUCGACAGAACCAGCAUCACUCAUUCCGCUGAUGCGAGGAUCUCGGCACGUUGCCCUGAUCGGAGAUCAUAAACAAUUACCUCCUGUCAUCGCCAGUCGCGAAGCGCAGCUCAACGGCCUCGGGAUCAGCCUAUUUGAGAGACUUACUGAAGAAGGAGUUGUUCCAUCAAUUAUGCUUGACGUGCAGUACAGGAUGCAUCCUUCCAUUUCUAGAUUUCCCUCUUUAGAAUUCUAUGAUUUUGCGUUGCAAGACGGCACGGUGGACUCUGCUGGUAACAUACACCCGAUGCUACUACCGCCGCUGUCAAGUCACCUCGAGCAAGAUGUUCUCACUGGUCACCGUCCCUCUGUCGUAUUUAUCGAUCACGGCGGUGCGGAAACUUCCAAGGACCGAAGUACGGUAAACUGGAAUGAGGCUCACAUUGUUUGUAGCAUCGUCGAAGACCUACUCUUGCAAAACGAGAACUUACUAGGCGCGAACAUUGGUGUCAUUGCGCCAUAUGCUGCCCAGAUUUCACUUUUGAAUCGCCUGCUAAACACGGACGCUAAGUAUCGCAAACGCUUCGCAUCCACUCUUGGCGAUCACCGAAUGAUGCAGCUUAGCAGUAUCGAAGUGAAGACGGUGGACGGGUUCGAAGGACGCGAGAAGGACGUUAUUAUAUUCUCGACCGUGCGAAAUAACGCGUCGGGGUACAUUGGGUUCCUUGCUGACAGACGACGAUUAAAUGUUGGGUUGACGCGUGCGAAGCGGGGGCUGUUCGUUGUUGGGAGUAUCAGUACUCUGAAGGCUGGGAAGAUGGCGAAGGAGCGGACGGGUGAGAGUCCUGCAAGGGUUGGUAAAGGUGUUGAGGCAUGGAGAAGAUACGCGAAGUAUGUCGUGGAUGAAAAGAUGGUGGUGACCCUUAGCGGAGAUAGGCUAAGGGGGAUGCUGUACGGGGACAGGCCAAGGGCAAGGUCGAGUUGAGU